AUGUCGAUCCAAGGAGACUCCUUACAGGUGGAAGGUACAGACCAGGCUCUUCUGCUUCUUACGAUUCUGCUUUUGAAGCUGCUCUCAUCUUGCUUGGUUUUUCUGUCGACAUUGGCAGUGGUCGGUUGCACCCGUCUCAAGGACACAGAGUGGUUCUCUCGGCAAGAUCCUUACGUAUGUCUCGACUACGCAGGCACAAGGUUCCGCACUCGCACUCACACAGGUGAGCAAUCAAGAAGUCCCCUAGAUGCGGAAAAUAUCUGUUUGUAUGAAAAAGGCAGUUUUCUUUUCUUCUCGCCUUCAUACGUAUCUGUUUAUCUGGCCUUCAGACGGAGACAAGGACCCGAUCUUCUGGGAGAACUUUAUAUUUCAGCUGUUUGAAGGAUGCCGGGAGAUCAAGAUAGAGGUCUGGAACAGCAAUACUUUGUCCAGGGACAAGCUCAUCGGAAGGGGCAGGUGUGCUGUUUCCUCCGGGAGCUAACAACUUGGCCUUUCUAGAAUUAGAUCGCUUGUAACUUGACCCCGUUGUACACCUGUUUCAGGGUCCUACUGCAAAAAGUACUCUCGGAGGGUAACGACGAUUCCUCAUGGACGAUCCAGUCGGAUAGUGGAAGGGCCGCUGGGACGGUGAAUCUCCGCAUGAAGUACUCCAAAUCACAGGUAAUGAUGCAUCGUUUCUUCUCCUACUCUCUGUUCUAUUCCUCUUUCACAACGCCAAUUUCUGAGAGAUCCGACGCGAUUCUAUUGCAGAAGAACGGAGAUACUUAUUCUGUUCCUCAAACGUAUCAUUAUCCUCCGCAUUCUCAUCACAGCCAUCACUAUCCUCCGCCAUUUCCUUCUCACCAGUACUGUCAUCAUCCUCCAUACCCUACUCAGACGUAUCGUUACCAUCCGUAUGCUCCACAAACGUACAACAAUCCUCCGUAUCCUCCACAAAUGUAUAACAAUCCUCCCUAUCCUCAAGCUUAUCCUCCUGCUGAGGGCUACUACGUACAAGGUUGGUCUUCUGGUCCCGAUUUUCUCGCCUCCCUCCCUUCGUUUACGCAGUUCCAUUUGUUAUCAUCGACUGUUUCGUAUUUAUCACCCACGUUGGUCUCUGUGCAGGUGCACCCCCUUAUUACCGACCGCAUCCUCCGUAUUAA